CUUCCGACUAUGGCAUGAAGCUGCCGAUCUUGCGGUCCAACCAGGAAGAUCAGAUUCUGUAUCAGACGGAGCGUUACAACGAGGAAACCUUUGGCUACGAAGUUCCCAUCAAGGAGGAGGGUGACUACGUGCUGGUCUUGAAGUUUGCAGAAGUGUAUUUUGCACAGUCUCAGCAGAAGGUUUUUGAUGUUCGCUUGAAUGGCCACGUAGUGGUGAAGGACUUGGACAUUUUUGACAGAGUUGGACACAGCACAGCUCACGAUGAGAUCAUUCCCAUGAGCAUCAAGAAGGGGAAGCUGAGUGUCCAGGGAGAGGUUUCCACGUUCACAGGAAAGCUCCACAUUGAGUUUGUAAAGGGCUACUAUGACAAUCCGAAAAUCUGUGCCCUGUACAUCCUGCAAGGAACAGUGGAAGAUGUUCCAAAGCUACAGCCACACCCAGGUCUGGAGAAAAAAGAGGACGACGAUGACGAGGAUGAAUAUGACGAUGGCUCCAGCGUUAAAAAACAGGCAAAUAAGAACCGGGUUCAGUCAGGCCCACGCACACCAAACCCCUAUGCCUCGGACAACAGCAGCCUCAUGUUCCCUAUAUUGGUGGCCUUUGGUGUCUUUAUUCCUACCCUCUUCUGCCUCUGCCGGUUGUGAGAGCAAAGCCCCACAGAGCAUCAGCCGAGGGGCUGGGAGGGAAGGAGUUGGACCAAACACGGUUGCUUUCAAUUUCUCCAUACUGUUCAUAAUUUAAGGAAAAAAAAAACAAACAAAAAAAAAAGGUGAUUCAUUUGGAAUGAAUAGCAGGUCCGGGUAAGAGGAAGCUUACCUUCCCCCUGCCAGCAAGCAGCGAGGCCCUCACCUUCCCCUUCGCCAUGUGCAGCCUCUGAUCCUCCCCGGGGCAUCCAAGAGCAAACUGAGUCCUGGCUGUGUACUGGGCUACUGGAAGCUGAUGCUAGCGGUCCUGGGCCAUGUCCCACGCUGAAAGAAAGCCACGUGCUGCAAGAUCUCUGCGUCGCUGGGUGGAACACGGUUCUCUAAGCAGGGACGCAGCUCGUGAAACGAGGCCUGGGUGCACAUCUUGUCCGGGAGCCUGGAGGUGUUGUGGUGCUGUUGGGUGACCGACGACCGUGGAGGACAGAGGCUGGUUCUUCAGCAUCUCCCUGAACGUGCAGCACGAUGUAUGGUACUCGCCUGCAUAAAGACACCGAGACUCCAGCUGGCUGCUCAGCCUCUGGGGGGACCUUUCCCUUCCUUAGGGUGCAAGCUGUGCCGGGAGCAGAGGGAUUUAUCUGGCCUGAUGUGCUGCACCAGCUGGGAGAGACUUUCCUAGCCUGACACUUGUAAUGUUAGAGCUGUGGCCGAGGGAUUCCGAUGUAGCCUGCAGGAGGCUGGCGCCUGCGUCUGAUCAGAUGCACUUGUUUUCUGUAUUGAUUAUGGCUUUUGUUUCCUUUAGUAUCUUUUUCUUUUCAAAGGUUUGUUUUAAGCCCAGUUCCUUGUUUUGCCCUUUUUAGCAAGCGACCUGUCCUUCCGAAGAAGCUGAGCAGCAGAAGGCCUAAAGAGGAGCUUCUUGGUCCUUGAGCUCCCUGCUCCGUGCAGAGAGGGGCAGCUCGGUGUGUGCUCCUGUGAGCUCUCACUCCCUGCUGGUCCCACCAGGCCUGCCUGUGGUGGUGAGAGGUGCAGAGCCAUCAGUGUCUGUGUUAUUGUGCAUUAUCGAGGGGCAGGUGUCUGACAUUUCAGUGCUGUAGCACAAGCUGCUUUGUGGCUCUCCGGAGACCCGGAGGCAGGCAGAGCGCUGCAGACGAGGCCCUUCGGUUUCCCCGGUUGCCUGGUGACAGGCUGGCCAGCCGGGUCACCCGCUGUCCCCCGGGGGAGAUUUCUGCAGGAGGUUUCUGUUUCCAUGUGCAGAGGCUGAGCAGAGCCCUGAGAGCCCUCACGGCACCUUCCAAGGAGCUGCCUUCCCGUGCCCUCAGCCACUGUGCUGAGCGCUCCUGGCUGGUGGCAGGGAGAAGGAUUUGGCCCAGAUAGGGUCAGCUUCAGUCCUGGUGAGCUUCACCUCGUGCUGGCUGGAUCUCACAAGUGUUCUUUUCACCUGGUGCUGCUGCUCCUCCCUGCACCUGACUUUCCUAGGGGUUGUUCUUGGGUUUGUUCUGCAGCAGCUCAGCCUUUCUUUGAGCUGAGAGUGGUUGGCAGCAUUUGAGCUGAGCCUUCCUGCUCUGCUGGGCCCAGCAGCUGAAGCCUUUGUUUCUCCCUAACCCUCGAGCCGCGAUACGAGCAGGGCUCACGGGUCCUGAAACAGGAGCUGGGGGAGGUGUCACCGUGCUGGUAUCUGCAGCAGUGGCACUGAGCUUUCUGAUAGCAUUCAUCGCUGCUCUGGGCCUGGCCAUAAUUCUGAGGGAGCUAAAAAGCAAGCUGUUGAACCUUAAUUAGCUUCUCUCCAAUUACACAAGUGCUAACAGCCAGGGUUUGGGAGAAGUGGGUCCCUGCCACGCUGGAAGGAAAAGGCAAGUUUUAGAGAGCAGAUCUUAAGAACAAACCCUAGGAUGAAAAGGCUUGAGGUUGUCUGCUUCAUCUUCCAGCUGCUGUUAAAAUCCAGGUGCUUACAGAAGCCUUCAGCACGAGCUCUGUGUUGUUUAGUGACGGUGCCUGCAAAGAUCUCCCCGGUGUUUUUUGGGUUACUCUAACUGGAGCACAGAGACAUGUAGAUCUUUAUCAGUUUGAGAAGCAUAAACUGCCCUACUUUGUUAAGCAAAGAACCUGGCUUUGAAAGCAGGCUCCUCUGUAAGGAGGUGUUCUCCUCCAGGCCUUUUAGGUUGCUUUUUUUUUUUUUUUUUUUUGAGCAUCCUCAAAGCAAGGAAUCACUCAGCUUCUUGUGGCUUACCCAGUAAUCUCCACAGCUUGCACAGCAUGAGAGGAGUGGUGUGCGUGGAGGUGUCCAAGUCUUCUAGGGUGGCUUCUGCCUGCCUCUCCUGGCAGCCAGGGCACCUCUUUGGUGCCACCAGCACCCUGAGGCGAAGCUGUGCAGGGUUUGGUCUGUAGCCUUCUAGUUUCUCAGUUCAGAUGAAUUUGUCUCAUUUGAAUAAGAAUAGGGAGGAGAAAUAGUUCAGUCUUGGCUUCGGUUUAGUCGUUUUGGCUCUGAUUUUUGCGUUUUUGUCACUGCUGCAAAGCUGAUGCUAGCUCUCUGGGUGACUGGGGCAUUCCUGCCCCCGUGAUGGUGCUGGGAGCAGUUUUCUUUGUCCCCUCUGCCAGGUUUGACUCGGGAGGAGCCUUCGAACAAAGCCCAUGAGUACCCAGGGGGGCGCAGGAUAACCCGUCAGCACCUCGCUGGGAGCGGUGUGCUCGGGCUGGCUGCCCUCGUCAUCUGCCUGGCACCUGCAAGGCGGCCAGAUGGGUGGAAGGAAGUACCUGGCUCUUAAAGUAGACAUUUGGGUUGGCUGUGAGCUUCCAGCGCGGGUGUUUGAGGGAAUAUCCGAGGCAGUGUUUAGCUGAAGCCAGUUAGACAUGAGCCUGGCCGUGCUCUGUUGCCUCCAGCCAGCAGCAGGCGGCUGAAGCGUGAGUCCCUGGGUCAGGACAGAGCCCGGCUCAGUGCUUGGAGCACUUGUGUAGAGAGGAGCAGGUAGGGCAAUGUGAAUAAAGCUUCCCCUUAAUAAAGGGGAGGCAACGCUGUCGGUCAUGUUCUGAGCCUGGAUCCAGCCUCAGGGCAGUGCUGCUUUAAUUUCCCUUCAUCAGCCCCUGCGUUCCCCCACGGGCGUGCAGGGGCGCAGCUGGCAGUUGUCUCGCUGUGCUCUCAGCUUCCAUGUCUUUAGGCCAGGCCAUUGUCCAUGUCUGUGUGCGAGGCUGAAACAACAGCUCUGACCCUUCUGAGUAUCCCAGGUGGCAGGGAGCAGAAAGCCAAAUGAAUUCCCGUCUUUUUGGUGCCUUUGUGUCGGGCUUUGAAUAAAAGUCCAUUUGAAGAAGCUUCUCUUUUUAAGGAGCUUCUGAGUUUUUGUGUUGUGUUUUUGUUUUGUUUUGUUCUGUUUGUUUUAUCCCCCCAAGGGACAGGCGUUCCCUGCCCCUGUGAUCAGCUGGGGACUGUCUCGCUGUCCCUUGGUGCCAGCUCUGGAGGUCACAGCUGAAGCACAGAACUGCAAGCGAGUAUCUUUGGUGCCAGCCCUUGGGGCCAGUGGAGAAAAAAAAAAAAACAAAAACAUUGCAGGGAACAGAAGAACUGGAAGGGCUCCUUCAGGUCUGGUCUCCCCCAGGCAUCUCCUGAAGGCAGGACGGAGAAUUGCAGACAGCCUGGUGCCUGCGUGUCUGUGCAGCUGGGAGCAGGGUGAGUCACAGCUGGGUCCUGGUAGUCAUGGGCUGUGUAGGGCUGCUGCGUGCUGAGCAUGGCUGGGGGUCCUGCUCCCCAAAAUCACCUGCCGAGGGCUUCUCCUGCACCGUUGGGGUCUGAACAGGGAGCAGGAACCUGCGCUUUGUCCCUUGGUCUUCCUUUAAGUUGAAAUUGCAACAGCCAGGGAGAUGUGUUGGUGUUGGAAGCCGGGGUUGAACAGGCCUUUUGUUGGUGCAGGAGGAGGGGAGAGGAGCAGCAGAGCAGCUUCAGCCCUUGAUGUGAGCCAGGUUCUGAGCAGCUGCAGAGUACCGAGUGUUUCAGGCUCUGUUUGGUGCCUAAAUGUGGGAGAGCUCUGUCUGCUCCGUGCACUUAUGUGGUAGGGAAGGAAAUAUCCUUGCUGAGAGUCCAAGGGAAAUGGGAGCUGGGCCAGCGCUGAGCUAAUUUACCUACUGGCGCUUCUGCAUCUCCGCAACAAAUGCCAAAGUCUAAUACAAUUCAAGGAUGCUUUUUUUAACGUCAGCCUGGUUGCACCAGUCUGGCUUCACUGGCUGGUCCCACGCAGGCUCGGCCGAGGGUUCUCAGCGGCACAAACAACGCUGGGCUGGGGCUGCGAAGGCUCAGACGAGGUUGUGUGGAAGAGGCCUCCCGUGCUGCAGCCCUGCUCCACGUGCUGGCCCAGCAGGGCUGGGGCACGUGCAUCACCCUGGAUCUGAAGGGAUUCGUCCCAGGAGCGUCGUAGCAAGCACGUGGGAAUGGUGCUGGGCUGGGUGGGAGAGGUGAAAGCAGGUCCAUGUCUUCCGGGACUCUGGCUUGCUCAGAGUUUAUUGCUGUAUAUUAAAUACUAUUUUUGGAGACUGGGGGGAAGGUGCGGGAGGGGGAGGGAUGUGGCAGCGCUGUCCCUAGGCUGAUCAGUGGGACGCUACUGCAGGUUAUUGAUAGGUUUUGAUUUUUUUUUCCCAAAAAGUGCUUUAUUUAAAAAUAAAAAAAAAAAAAAGGAAAAAAAAAUAUGAACAGAAGUGCUUUCCUCCCUCCUAGAAACAGUGCUGGCUGAUUAGAAAAUGUGAAUAAUCUUUUGCAAACAUCAAAGGUCUCUGCUAAAGAGUUUGUGCGAUGGAGGUUUCAAGGCAAGGGGCAAAGUACGGCUUGAACCAGUUUAACUGGGGCGAGUGCGUCUUGGAAACACGAGAUCCCUGCCCCGGAGUUGUUUGUAGUCGCAUGCAGGGAGGAUGUGCUCGCCUGUCCUACCGCGGCCGUUUGUCACACGGUAACAGCUCUUGGCUCCCAUGCUGGAGCGAAACAUUAUCCGGAAACUCACUGAAUUUGGACUGCUGUUUUGGGGCUUUCACAGGCGUUCAGGGCUUUCCCACUCUGAAACCAGCCUGCUCGGUGAAGCAACCCUGGAGAAAGGAAGAGCAGAGGCAGGAUCUGCUCCUCGUGCCGGGAAGCAGUGGUCAGGACGGUGAGCUGCCGGCCUGGUUCAGCGGUAAUGUUGGGGUGCCGUGGGUGUUGCAUCCUUAAUGUUGGAAGCUGGCCCCGAGACCUGUGCUCAUGGCAUCAAGGGCACGUCGCAAACUACUCGAAGCUGUAGGUCUGAGCUGUCUGUAAAGGCUGAAGCAGCGUGGGGAGGGAUCCCCACCUGCGCUUGUCACCAGUACAAAGGAUUUUGGAGGAGGAUUUUUUUAUUUUACUGUCCAUUGCUUUGUGUUAUAACAACUUGCAGUGACAUUUUUUUUUUUUUAGUUUGUUUUGCAGCAAGCUUGGGCCCUGGGUGAAAAGCACAGAUGUCUAUUUCUGAUUGCAUUGGCUUUGCAGAGACUUGUUUUGGGGAAAAGAUGGGUGUGGGGGUGGGUUAUUUUAUUUUUGGUACACGGUAGCUGUUUUAUUUUUUAAUUUCCCCAGGAUGUUUGGUUGAGGGAACGUUCUGAAAUCUACUGUCUGGCAGUUUUAACCAGCAGUGUGCUAAAGGAAAAUAAACAGAAUUAUAUUGUCACUUGGA